GACUUAGUCAGUCUCGGCAUUUUCCACCUGAACGUUCUGGUUUCAUAACAAAUUUGUUAAAUAAAACAAAUGAAAAUAGUGAAUUGAAGUGAUACACUUUGCUUUUGUGAAGUUUGCACCUGUAGAGCGUCACGAUGGCUGAAGAGUCAGAAUCUGGUUGUCAGCUGCGAAGGCGGCGUGGUCUUGGCAAACCUCAGCUGGCAUUAAACCUUGACGUGGGCUACAACGUCAAUGAAGGUUGCAGUAAGCUUGGAACACCGAGCCCCUCGCCGAGCUACAUCAGGCUCACACCCAGCGCUGGGCCCAGUUCAGCUAGACUGCUACAGGAUUUUAAGAACAAACAGCAAUCUUUCGAUAUACGGGUAGAAGAUUGUGAGGAAAUAGAAAUAAUAAUCGAAAGUGACGAAGAAGGUGAAGCUGAGGAAAACGCAGCAGCAGUGGCGACAAAUCGGCCCAUAACACCUACACCCGUACAAGAUUUUGGUACAAGCGUCGUGUACAUGGAAGGACCACAAGCUACUGAUUUUCUAAAGGUAAAAACCCUUGAACAAGACUGUUAUACAGACGUUUCAGACGCCGGCACCGACGAGGAGGAGGAGGAGGAAGAACAAUAGUUUAAAAUUAACCUUUCAAUAUACGCAUCUUGUAAGCACUAUAUGAUUAUUUACACAAUUAUUCAAUAUAAUAAAUGAAUUUAUUUCUUUAAUAA